GCUGACUCUCCUCGGCGGGGACGGCGGCGCCGGCCGGAGCGAGGAUCUGCGCGCGGAGUCGGUCCCGGCGCCCUCCCCGUACACAAAGGCCCGCGCGCGUACGGCGCCCGCGGCAGAGACCGAGAUCCCUUCUACUUGCUCCGCGGGCCGGGAGCUGCGAGGACUGAGGAGGCUCCUGCGCGCCGGGAGGCGCCCUUCUCCACUCCGCGCUCCGGGACAUGGAACCGCGCCGACGCGGCGCCCGCGCGCUCGGGCUGCUGCCCGCUCCCCUGGAUCUAUAGUCAGAGGCGGCCCUGCUCGGGACGCUGUGCCCGCCGGCCCGCACCGUCUCUCCGCUUCUGGCCUUUGUCCCGGCCCAGCGCUCUCCUUUCCUCCCUCCGCCCGCCUGCCCGCCCGCCGCGGCUGGCCUGGCACCCUGGAGCCGCACGGGAGCCGGCCGUCGGAGCUGCGUCCGGCGCGGCGCCCCGGAGCCCCGAGCCCGCCGCGCCGCCGCGCCCCGCGCGAGCGAUCCCAGCCCGCGCCCUGAGGGCCUCGGAGGGCAAACGCAUCUGGCCUCGGCGACUGUUGGAGCUGCUCGGCGCGCCCCGGAGCUGCCUCCAGGCGCUUGUGGUCUUCCUUCUCGUCUACCCCGGAAAAUUGGGGAUCCCGCCCCGAAUCCAGUCUCUUCGCGUCAGGAGUGCGCGGAGCUGGGAGCGGCUUGGCCAUGGCCGUGAGAAGGGACUCCGUGUGGAAGUACUGCUGGGGAGUUUUGAUGGUUUUAUGCAGAACUGCAAUUUCCAGAUCGAUAGUUUUAGAGCCUAUCUAUUGGAAUUCCUCGAACUCCAAAUUUCUACCUGGACAAGGACUGGUACUAUACCCACAGAUAGGAGACAAAUUGGAUAUUAUUUGCCCCAAAGUGGACUCUAAAACUGUUGGCCAGUAUGAAUAUUAUAAAGUUUAUAUGGUUGAUAAAGACCAAGCAGACAGAUGCACUAUUAAGAAGGAAAAUACCCCUCUGCUCAACUGUGCCAGACCAGACCAAGACGUGAAAUUUACUAUCAAGUUUCAAGAAUUCAGCCCUAAUCUCUGGGGUCUAGAAUUUCAGAAGAACAAAGAUUACUACAUUAUAUCUACAUCAAAUGGGUCUUUGGAGGGCCUGGAUAACCAGGAGGGAGGGGUGUGCCAGACAAGAGCCAUGAAGAUCCUCAUGAAGGUUGGACAAGAUGCAAGUUCUGCUGGAUCAACCAGGAAUAAUGAUCCAACGAGACGUCCAGAACUGGAAGCUGGUACAAAUGGAAGAAGUUCCACAACAAGCCCCUUUGUAAAACGAAACCCAGAUUCCAGCACAGACGGCAACAGCGCCGGACAUUCGGGGAACAACAUCCUCGGUUCCGAAGUGGCCUUAUUCGCAGGGAUUGCUUCAGGAUGCAUCAUCUUCAUCGUCAUCAUCAUCACGCUCGUGGUGCUGCUGCUGAAAUACCGCCGGAGGCACCGCAAGCACUCGCCGCAGCACACCAACACGCUGUCGCUCAGCACGCUGGCCACGCCCAAGCGCAGCAACAACAACGGCUCCGAGCCCAGUGACAUUAUCAUCCCGCUAAGGACUGCGGACAGCGUCUUCUGCCCGCACUACGAGAAGGUGAGCGGCGAUUACGGGCACCCGGUGUACAUAGUCCAGGAGAUGCCCCCGCAGAGCCCCGCCAACAUUUACUACAAGGUCUGAGGCUCGGCUUCCUUCGCCCCAGAGGGACCUC